GUCCAAUAGUCGGCACAUUUUAUCAAAAAAGCCACCCCCAGGCAGGUCGACUUUGCGAGGACCUCAGAGCUACCUGCGUCUGCAUCACGUAGGGGGUUUGCAGAGGACAAGAAACACCUGAAAGGGGGCACCUGCGGACUACGUGCUCGUUUUUAUAAAAAAAAUACGCAACCAGUUCUUGCCCCCCAAAACAGUAUCGUUCCUCUACAAUGCGAAGGAUCAUCUGGUCUGGUGCAACCCAGCUAAAUAGAUUUUAAGAUUGUCGGCAACAAUGAUAGAUGCUAUUCUUUCCCACUCAACUAUGCUCGCUUCUGCCGAAACCGUCUCGCCCGCGGCGUCGACAACCCUUUAUUUCGACCCUCUAAACGAUCAACCUCCACUUGGUAAACCUAUCUAUGGUAGUCCACAGGCUUUUAAGAAACAUAAAAUUCUCCCGCAUCCGAGAAAUAAUCGGCCGACUUCGACAACUAGGAAUCGCCAUUCCCGUGACCUAUCCAUCGAUACGACGUCAAUCCCGGAAUCGCAUGUGAAGCCAGAAGCACCGUCCACCCCGACUGACCCGAAGCACGACGAUAGUCCCAACGUUAAAGUUCCUGGGCCUGCUCUCCCUCCUACGCCACCGGCACACUCUCGUACUUCUUCGGAAAGCCACUCGAUUCGGCCGUCAAGUCCGACCUAUGUCGGUAGUCCGGUGCGAAGUGCUGCAAACACCCCAGUGGACACGACACCGAGAACUCCACCUCACCAGACGAGUCCACCCACGCCAGACGUGACCCCUCCGCAGCCCGAGCGUCGAUCGAGACCCUCUCGCCCCGUUUUAGCAGAUCGCGUCCCAUCUAAGGCCACAGCGGAUUCUCAGGCGGAAUCAUUCACCACAGCACCCGAAAACCUGGAGUCUUCUGAAGAAGACGAUAAACUCCAGUUGACACCUCGACCCAUCCUGACCUCUAGCAAGGCGACCCAGACCGUAGCGAGACGCGUAAUCGACGCAAGACAAAGAAAAGCGGCGGACGUGGGGCUAGGCUUAGGUCUCGAGUCUGACGAUAAUCUUACACCUGGGACGAAACGAGAAUUCUCAGCUUUUGAUGGUGACUGGGGUAAUACUGCCAGCGAAGCUAAGAAGGGAUGUGAUGGUAAACACGAAAGGAAUGCUAGAGUGGAGAAGCGACGUGUCCAAUCUAAGACUAAUGGAUCAAAAGCUGAAGUAGUUGAGGAUGUGACAAUUACUCCGACCAAUGCGACAAAGGCUUUACGAUCGAUGCCCCUAUCUGACCGAUUACAUACGCAACCCUCACCACCUCCGGAAUCUACGAACAGGGAUACGCGUUGGACCGCGCCGUCUACUUCCGAGUCCUCGGUAAGUACUGACGUUAGGCGGUCCUCCGGAAUGUCCUCGAGAUCUACGGUCUCUACGGUCGUAGAGGCUAUUUUAGUCGGGACGCCUCCUCAGAGGCGUAAGACGUUGCGCCAUGUCAGAAAACAACCGGCCCUUAGGGAUUCUAGCUCCGAGAUCUCACCGUCGAGCUCAUCGGCAAAUACGUCCCUUCGCCAGACGGACAGUGCUCAGCGUGCAAGACCUCCUAGGAGGGCUAUCGAUACCACUGUGCGAUCAGAAAGUCUUGCAUCUACCAAUACGGCUUACUCUGUCGCUAGUCGAAAGGCCCGCAAGGAAGUUUGGAAGAACGGAGGAAUUCCCGUAGUUGUCAUUCCUGAUCGCAGAACCUCGAUGAAAGCUACUGAACCACCGUCACUAAGAUCUACGAGUAGUCACCACUCCAAGAGAAGCAAUAGUUUAAGUUCGGCACCGCUAUCAAAUUACUCUAAAGUGAAGGACUUGACACCCUAUUUUGACAAACCGUCUCGAAGAGGUAGAUCAACUUCGGAAUCCGAAGGGUCGGUUCGGGUGGAUGAAUUAACCAUGGACUAUCCUCCAAUCGUUCCUAUGCGUAGAUCUUCUCUUUCGGCACCAACUAGUAGGAAUGGGUCUAGGGCGGGAUCUCGUGCUGGAUCACUGACCGCCGAAAGCUUGAAGGCGCACAAUACUUUCUUGGAGGAAGAGGGCAAACAACAGCACCAACAGCACCAACAGCAGCACCAACCACCACCACAUGUAACAGUGGAACGUGCGCCUCCCGUCGAGUAUAUGAAUACUCCUCCCGAUCAGAGACAACCUGAGCCGGCUCUAUCAGUUGAGUCGCACAAAGAUGCCUCCCAUGACCACAGGCCACUUGUCGAUAAUAACGGGGACCCCUUCUUCGGCAAACGGUUGACAGCGCACAACACCCCAUUUUCUCAGGCAUCUGUCGAGACAAACGGGACUCACUCUGCGGCAGAUAUCUCUGAAGCGAUGGCGGUGAAUAUUUACCCACACCAAAACAAAUCUGUUUUGAUGGUUCAUCAUAUGUCGAAACCCGCCGAUCCUGUUGAUUCUGCAAACGCCCUGCGGAAGCUAGAGCCUCCCCAGAAUGGAAAUGUCGCGGGAACGGGAAAAUUCCUAAACACUCCUAAAAUUAUAGCGAGUGGUCCGGAUGGAGCACCCGCGACACCUCCCCAACCCCAGUUUUCGAUGGACGAUGUAGAUUCCCCUCUAAGAAACCCGCGCGCCCCUCCUGAGCCGCCUGCAAUUAAGUUUAUUCCAGCUACGCCGUCUGGACUUACCCCGACCGCCGAAAAAGAAAAGAUGCUUGGAAACUACUUUGAAGAGACCCAAAAACGACCUUCCCUAGUGCGUCGUGCUUUUAGCCUUCGCAAGAGCUCUGAUAAUGUUCGGCCACCUGGUUUCCUCUCGCGGACUCUGUCUCUCUCGAGGACACUUCGAAAAGACACCACCGAGAAUCACACUAUCGAUAAGAGUAAGGAUGCCAAACCACGCCAGUAUCCAACAAUCGACGACUCGCCACCUGAUGAGUCUAAAUUACACCCAUUCUGGCGACCUACCUUCGAUGAUGAUGACGAAGAAUUCGAUGACUGGGAGCAUGAUAUUCCUCCGGAGGUAGAUACUGUGUAUCGGUACCCGCCAGUCGCUCGCCGCAGAAGUUUGAGCGAACGAAUGAAACGUACAUUUGCCAUCCUUCCGAUAGAGGAUGAAGAUCACUACACAGCUUCCGGCCAGCGCAGCCCAGAACGUCGAACAGUCAAGCGUACGCCGAGUGGUAGACUUCGGGUGAUGAGACACCAUGAUAGCUCUAGUAGUCUUGACUGGGGUAAUCGCCGGUAUUCCCGCGACUACGAGUCCGAAGGACGACCAUCAACUGCUCCUGACGAUUCAAAUCGACGCGUUUGGGGCAUCGAGAAACGUGUGGACGAUAGAGGACGCAGGCUUUUCCCUAGUUGGCAGGACAAGCUAGAACAGUAUCGACCGCAGAAUCUUCAGCGCAGAUUGAGUGAGCAUCGCCGACAGAAGCGUACCGAGGUUCUCCGACAAAAGAUUAGUGGGCCGCGCGAAGUCCGCGAUGGCGUAGGCGAGGUCAUCAAGCGCAACAGUUAUAAGGGUCCUUCUUAUCAGACUGCAUCGAAUAUCCAAUCUUCAGCAAACGGCAAGACAUACUACCAACAACCGGAAAUACAUCGACGCCGGGGACCUAUCCGAGUCUAGUUACAUUGCGAUUUCUGGAUUUUGUUCUGAAUUAUAUUCGUAUAGGUUCUAUUGAUGGACGACUUUGUCUUGCGACUAAGUGUAGUGUUUGACUGAUGACUUUCCAUACUCCCGUUAUCAUCAUCGCCAUGAUUACUACUAAACACCUACCACAACUAACAACAAUUCCACCCCCCUUAACGACCUGUCAUUUACCCCCUGAUGAUGCAUACGAGCUACGAUAAAAACGACCUUACAUAUUCCCCCACAUCACGACUUGAG